UAAGCAGGUUAUUUAUCUCCUACGUCUCAAUUACCCCCUUCUGCAGAGUAACCGAAAGAAGCCGUGAAAUAACCCCAUGGCACCCAGCAAGCGCUCGGUGGAUGCUCGCAAGACUCAUUCUCCCUAGACAUAACCUCCCGCAGCGCUGCACGCCGCAGCGGGCAGGGGGAGCGGAUGCCCACCGCACGCCGGCCUAAGCCCCCCACCCGCAUCGCCCGGUCGCGGGCGGCCAGUGCCGACAGCAGCGGUGCAUUGUGGGGCUUGUAGUGCAGGGCUGGCUGGGUGGGUGGGCGCGGCAGUGGCAGUCGCAGCGGGGCCAUCUUCCGCGGGCGGGCUCGACCUGGGACGCCCGCACCCGCGCCCUUCGCCCGGCCCGAUGGCGCCGCGGCCACUCGGCCCCUUGGUGCUGGCGCUGGGCGGCGCCGCGGCCGUCCUCGGCUCGGUGCUCUUCAUCCUUUGGAAAACCUACUUCGGGCGCGGACGGGAGAGGCGCUGGGACCCGGACGAGGCCUGGUGGGGAGCGGAGCCUGCCCGCCUCCCGCAGUGGGACGAGUGGGAGCCCGAGGACGAGGAGGAGGAGGAGGAGCCGGCGCUGGAAGAGCUGGAGCAGCGCGAGGUGUUGGUGUUGGGGCUGGAUGGCUCUGGGAAGAGCACGUUCCUGCGUGUGCUGUCCGGGAAGCCACCGCUGGAAGGCCACAUCCCCACUUGGGGUUUCAACUCUGUGCGGCUGCCCACCAAGGACUUCGAGGUGGACCUGCUAGAGAUUGGUGGCAGCCAGAACCUGCGCUUCUACUGGAAGGAGUUUGUGAAUGAGGUAGACGUGCUGGUGUUUGUGGUAGACUCGGCUGACCGGCUUCGAUUGCCCUGGGCCCGGCAGGAGCUUCACAAGCUGCUGGACAAAGAUCCUGACCUUCCUGUCGUCAUAGUGGCCAACAAGCAGGACCUCAAUGAGGCCAUGAGCAUGGUGGAGCUGCAGCAGGAGCUGGACCUGCAGGCCAUUGACAGCCAGCGGGAGGUUUUCCUCUUGGCAGCCAGCAUUGCCCCUGCAGGACCUGGCUUUGAAGAACCCGGCACUGUGCACAUCUGGAAGCUACUCUUGGAGCUUCUCUCCUAGGCUGGAGCCAGCUGCUCACCACCCAGCCUUGGGGACCACAGUUCUGCUGCCUGCUACUUCAUCAUCAGCCUGGGCCUAGGGCAGGGGCCAUGUGGCAACACUUCCCAUCUCCCCUUCUUGCCCUUUCAAGGGCAAGGCUAAGAACCAUGUAGAAGCCUUCCUGGUGUGGUGGCCAUGAGGCUGGAGCAGGGGGGUUGGUGAGGCAGAGCAUGGGAGAAGGUGGUGUCUGGCUUAUUCUAGGUCAGAGUGUGGAUCCAGCAUUCCCUGCUCUUAACCUGCACACUCAGAUGCUCAGUGGGCCCAUUCCUCCCCUUCCUGCAGGUCUCAGUGAUAAAGAGCUAGUAUAGGUGUCACAAGUGCUCCUGGAGUCCCCAGCUCUUCCAGUGUAUACUGUGCCUUCCUGGUAACUUCAUUCACUUAUGGUACAGACAGGUUCCAGGUGGUUAACAGUGAGUUCUUGCUUCCAGGCCUGCAUUGUCCUCCAACCCCUGCUCUGCCUAACUGGCUCUGCCUCUUUGACCCCAUUGGCCAUCAUUUUUCAAGGGACAUUUCCGUGUUUUUUCUAACUGCCAGCCAUGGGGGUAUGAAGUACUAGGAUAAACCCUAGCAGGGAGCUUGAUGAACACCUGCUUUUAAGGCCUGACCUCUUGUGACCAAACAGAAGGGGUGAAAGAUGAGUUUUCCUUCUGGCUUAGAGACAGGUCCUAUUCUUGUAGUAACUGUGCCAGUGCCCAUGUUUACAUAAGUCUGGGCAAGGACAGAGCCCAAAUUCACAUCCCUGGAAUAAGGUGAUUGUCUACAGCUGGGGGCCAGCCUCAGAACUCUAUUUUAUUUAUUUAUUUAUGUAUUUAUCAAAGAAACAGGCCAAAGUUCUAGGUUCUGUUUCUAGGUGCUGUAAUCAAAACUCUAGGAGACUGUCGUAGAAAAUUUGAAACUGAGUAAAAGAGCUAGAAUCAUGAAUGACAUUGAAGGGCUGGUGGAGUGGUUCAAAUGAUAGAGCACCUGCCUAGCAAGCAUGAGACCCUGAGUUCAAACCCUAGUGCCACCAAAAGAAAAAAAAAAAAAGAACAAAUGACAUCGAGAUAAGCUUACAGGGAUCAAUGGAGACAGAGCUGUAGCUCCCCUCCCACCAGCCUUUGAGACUGUAAUUGACACUAUAUUUCACACUGAUUCACAUGAACUCCACCAUGUGGCCUAGUAUAUUAGAGGAACACAAAGACUUCUGGGUAGAUAACAAAUGACUCUGAGAGAGAAAUCUCUUAUGUGAAUCCAAUAGACAGAAAUAGCAGCCCAACCAACAGGGUGACCUUGGGCACAUCACUCAGCCUUCAGGGACCAUUUAUUCCACAGAAAAUGCAAAGUUGGACAGAAUUCUGGGGUUCUCUCCAGGACACAUCCAUGAUUCUUCUGGGUGCAGUGAUCAACCAGCUUAAAGACUGUCUGUGUUGGUGCAGGCAAAAGAAGGAACCUUUUGUCUGUCAGGAGCCACAUUUGGACUAGUUUUUUCUUUAAGGCGCUGUCCCACUCAAGUUUGUUUUCUAAAGUGAGAAUAGAUUGUGUGACUUUGUUUCAUUUGACAUUUACCCAGCAUGCUUCAAUACCAUACUACAGCCAGGCAAGAAGAGGCACCCCAAGAGGCAGUGGGUAAGAAGCUUCAAAAACCCGAAUAAAUGAGCAAAAUCAUUGGAAGAGUGGCCCACCAAGCCACUGGGCUUUGGGCACAUCAGAAUGGAAUGGCUGUUCUUUGAGAUGCUAAUUUCUUUUCUGCAGUAAGAAGUGGUUUUUCUGCUUUUAUAUUAAAUGUUUAAGGAAUGACAUGGGUUUUUAGAAUAACCUUUAAAACUCUGCUGCCAACUUUUCAUCUUGUCACUGGAAGGGUGAGAAACUUUGUGUCUCUCUUCUGUGAACUGUUCUCCAGCACUUGAAGGUUUCUGUGGAACCAGCACUGAUUGUUAGAGGGACCCUUUUUUCCUAACUAAGAUCUGCAUUUGCCAGGCACUAGUAGCUCACGCCUAUAAUCCCAGCUACUCAGGAGGAUCAUGGUUUGAAGUCAGCCUGGGCUAAUAGUUUGCAAGACCCUAUCUUGAAAAAACCCAUUACAAGA